AGAGCCGGAAUGUGCCUCAUAGUGGACGUCAUUAGCGACAUUAAAGCUCCCGAUUGGAUAAGAGCGCAACAGUUGAUUUAUGUCAAGUGCACGACUAGAUAAAUUGUACUAAAUAUACUAUACUAUACUUUACUAUACUAAAUAGUACUGAUAGAGUACUCAGCUGGUUUACUCAGUCCGGCGCAUUUAAUAGUGUAUGAUAGCGCCAGAUAGCGCUUAGCUUACCGGCGAAUGAUCACUUGUUGAUUAAUUUUAUGAGCUGUUUAAGCGUUUAGUGCGUGCGAAUUGAAUAAAUGUGCGUCGCUGAGAUUGCUGCUUGGAAGUGUGUGGAAUUGCUACAAUAAAGCUGUGAAUCUAUAUUGGUUGAGGUUAUUAGCGAUGGUUUACAAUGACACCAAUAAUGAGAGAAUUCGUCAAUUCCGCUCUCGUUCGAGCAGGAAUUGUUUUCCCACGAAGCAGCACAUGUGCCUGUUCAACUAAAACUACUGUCAUCAAUGCACCAGAGAACCAGUGGCAAGGAAAUGCCAUUUCAUCAAAGCCUCAGGGACAACCAACAUCAAAAACUCAUCCUCAUUUAUUGAAAGAUGGAGAGUUGAUACCAGGAAUCACAGUAGGAGAAUUCCAGGAAAGAAGACAUAGAUUGAUGAAUAAUGUUUAUAAACAUGCAUCAAGACAUAAUAUGAAGAGCCAUCAUUUAGUGAUAAUUCCUUCUGCAACAAAAGUUUACAUGACUGAAAAAAUUCCCUAUGUGUUUCGCCAGAAUUCGGAUUUUUUGUAUCUUAGUGGCUGCCUUCAACCAGACAGUGCUCUAGUUCUGUCAGGUCAUGACGAGUCAUUUUCAUCAACUUUAUUUUUACGCAAACCUGAUGCCCAUGCAGAAUUGUGGGAUGGACCAUCAACUGAUCUUAGAGAAGCUCCUUGUAUUUUUGGUGUGGAUCAAGCAUUACCUGUAGGAGAAAUGAAAUCCUUUUUGAAUUCCUUUGCUCAUACAAACCGAGGAUUUACUCUGUGGUAUGAUUUUAUGCAGCCAAUUCAACCUGAAAUUCAUCGGACUUUGCGAGAUUUUCUUGCUGAAACAUGGAAUAAGAUGUGGGAAUCUCCUAAGCCUCUAGUUCACAAAAUGCGAUUGUACAAGUCUCCUGCUGAAAUUGGGCUCAUGAAGGCAUCAUGUGACAUUGCUUCAAAUGCAAUAUCAAAAACGAUUCAAUACUCUCAUGAUGGCAUUACUGAACAUCAACUAUUUGCUUGUGUUGAUUAUGAAUGUCGUGUGAGAGGAGCUCAACAUUUAGCAUAUCCUCCAGUUGUAGCUGGUGGAAGUCGUGCCAAUAUCAUUCAUUACAUUAAUAAUAAUCAAGUUGUUCAUUCAGGACAAAUGGUGCUUAUGGAUGCUGGUUGUGAGCUCCAUGGCUAUUGCUCUGAUAUUACUCGUACAUGGCCUGUAUGUGGUCAGUUUUCAUCUACCCAACGUGCCCUGUAUGAUGUAGUACUUUUAGUGCAGACGGAAUUGCUAGCAAUUCUAGAAAAGGGCUUCCCAUCACUAGAUGAUCUUUUUCAUAACAUGUGUAUCUUACUAGGAAAGUAUUUGCAAGAACUUGGAGUUUUAUCAUCGAAGCUUGGUAACAAUGAGCUCUUGAAGGCUGCAUACAGCUUUUGUCCCCACCACGUGAGUCAUUAUCUUGGAAUGGAUGUUCAUGACACUGCUCUUAUUCCUCGAAGCAUUAAACUGGAACCUGGUAUGGUGAUCACUGUAGAACCUGGUUAGUAUUGCAAAUAACCACAUGUUUGUCAAAUUUUCUUCC